AGCAGCAGCAGCAGUGUAUGAAAGUGUAGCCGGAGAGUCGCUCAGUGCAUAGAGAGCAGGCAGCGGAGAACAACGCGAUCUUUUUAUCUCCAAGAACAGGGAGAAGCCACUAGCCACAGGCACAUAGCCACACAAACACACAGCACUAUGGGAGCACUAUUGGGAUUUUAAGUCUGGCUGGUAGCACUUGCUACAGGUAAAGGUUGAUGGUUACCCUGUUAAUCCAUGAUCUGAUGGCAGAUUCCUCCUGCAACCCUGGCUUGUAAAACAGUUUGGAGCUCACAUCAUUCUCAGACACUCCUGUUGAAAUCCCCUGCUGGAGAAAGCUGUGAUAGAAAAAGUUUUAUUGUGGAGGACAAAAGCCUCAGAAUCUUGGUUUGAAGGAGAUCUUCCCCUUGUCUUCCAAAGAAAAGACCUUUAUGUUGGCCCUGCAUCAGAAUGCUGGGCAAGAGAUGGUGACUCAGUGGCCUCCAACCAUGAACAGUACCACGGUUACUCCAUUGACUCUAAAUGCUACAGAAGUAUACGAUCCUUUAGGUGGACAUGCAGUCUGGGAGGUGGUCCUCAUUGUUUUCACGACCGGCAUCCUGUCUUUGGUUACAGUAAUUGGGAAUGUCCUUGUUCUGUUAGCUUUCAAGGUCAACAGUGAUUUAAAAACAGUCAACAAUUACUUCCUGCUCAGUUUGGCCUGUGCUGAUAUCAUCAUUGGUGCGUUAUCCAUGAAUCUGUAUACAACAUACAUUGUUAUGGGACAGUGGGCACUGGGUCCUGUUUGCUGUGACCUGUGGCUGGCACUGGAUUAUGUUGCAAGCAAUGCAUCUGUUAUGAACCUACUCAUCAUCAGUUUUGACCGAUACUUCUCUAUAACACGACCACUUACAUACAGGGCUAAGAGGACACCAAGGAGAGCUGCCAUUAUGAUUGGCAUGGCAUGGUUCAUCUCUUUUGUACUAUGGGCUCCUGCCAUAAUAUUCUGGCAGUACAUUGUGGGUGAGAGGACAGUGGAACCCACUGAUUGCUACAUACAGUUUUUUAGCCAGCCUAUCAUCACCUUUGGCACUGCUAUUGCUGCUUUUUAUCUACCAGUUACCAUCAUGAUUAUACUGUACUGGAGGGUUUACAGAGAAACAGAGAACCGAAGCAGAGAAUUGGCAGGUUUGCAGGGUUCAGGGACAGAGCAUACUUCACACCCACUGGCGUUGGGUAGCAUCAAAAGUGGCAGUAGCAGUGGAGCUGGAGAAUCUGAAAGAUUAUCAAGAGGGCAGAGGACAGUGCCAAGAGCUAAGCAGGCAUGUUGUUUCCCUCGUCAGCUGACUUCUAACCCAUCUCUCAGGAGCUACCCAGAACAUCGAAGCAAUGGCAGUUGUAAUACCAUGGAAGAUGCUGCCUCCGCAGACUCUCUCUCUUCCUCUUCUGAAGGUGAGGAUCGUCCAUAUGAAAUGAAGAACAUCUGUUCAGCAGUCAUACGGCUUCCCAUGGUCAGCUCUGUCGUAGGGACACCCAAAGGCUCAAGGGGAUCCAGUGACACUUUGGGGAGAGUUGAUAUCGAGGGAGAGACCAAUGGUGGGAAAAACGAGGUUACAAGGAAAACAUCCAAGGCACAUGUAACGGCUCUGCCAUCAACCGCCAUCAAAGCCAAGUCCGAGAAAAGUCGUCAUGGGAAAAGGAAAAACAACUCUCUCAUAAAGGAGAAGAAGGCAGCAAAGACAUUAAGUGCCAUCUUGCUGGCUUUUAUUUUGACAUGGACUCCAUACAAUAUAAUGGUGUUAGUAUCCACAUUUUGUCCAGAUUGCGUUCCAAAGAAAUUAUGGGAGCUAGGCUAUUGGCUGUGUUAUGUCAACAGCACAGUCAACCCAAUGUGUUAUGCACUCUGCAACCGAUCCUUCCGACGCACUUUUAAAAUGCUGCUUCUUUGUCGGUGGGACAAGCGCAAGUGGAGAGCACACAAGCAUCCAGUACCUUUCUUCAGGACCCCAUCACAUUGAGCGGACCAAUCACCUUAAAGGACACAGAUAAAGUUCUGCAUUAUUUGCAUGUGGAGCUGAACUUGGAUGCCAGAUGGAGUCUCCAUGCUUGUGUGACCCAAGAUGAUGGCAAGUAAUGCUGAUUCCCCUAAAGGAAAAGGGGUGAAAGAAGGAGUACAGUGAAGUCUUCUUGUAGCUAUCUAUGAACACUACUCUGACAAUGUCUUUGAGGCAAGUUCUUGGUUUUUACCAGGGUCUUGUAUUGUAUACAGAACUCACCAGAGGACAAGGGGUAGUUUGGUAUGUGGUCAUACUCACUAUUCAAAAGGUGAUUUAUUCAUUUUUGGAAGGAAAAGGGAUGCCUGAUAUGCCAAACCAAACAAAGACAGGCCAAAGAACAUAAUAAGGAUUUUCUACUGUUUACAGAGCUAAGGGAGGGGUGGGCUGUGUAUUUAUUCUAAAUUCAACAAAAUAAAGACUCUUACCACCAAGUCAUCAGAUGUAGUUCUUUAUGCAAAGUCAACUUUUGCCCAACACUAUUUUGCCAUCUUGUUUGCUUCUCUCUGAGCGACCACCAGCUAACAGGAUGAAAUGGACCUCUGUAGCAUAUCUUCCUGCAGGUCUAUGAUGCGUACUAUGGCUCCCCUGCAACCACAUCCCUCCUCCAGGGUCCCCUCUCCGUUGUCCGGACGUUUGGUUCUUGUCUAUUUAAUCAAUGAAUCGUGGGCCAGUGCCAUUGUAUGGUUGACAAUGUGAUUUGAACAAUAAGGCCAGCAUUAUUCUUGUAACAUAUGUGGCCAUGAUCAUUAAACAUGAUUAUUAGUAUGACAUCAUUUACAUCUUCGAACAAACCCAUAAAGCUAGAUGUCUCCUGCUUUGUUAUGACACAAUGUAUACCCUUGUUUAAGUGGAGUCUGCUUUCUAUCUAUCUCCAGUUACAUAGACUGUGUGAGUGUUGCAGUAAACUCAAAGAACCCCUUGAGUACACCAGACAGAGAUGGAUUAAGACUUAGUUUGGGUCCCGGUGGUACUGGAGGCAUGUGCUGCUUGGAAGCUGACCUAUUUUCCUUUAAGUGCCCCAUUCACCACAGUUUUUACUAUACUCCUUGAUUGAUCACCGUUGCAUAUAUUCUUUUAGCCUCAAAAUGAAUCACUGAAUGCCAUGCAGCAUUUACAGUUUAUGAUAAAUACCAUGAAAGCAUAGUAUGUACCAAGAAAUGCCACCCACAAUGUAAACAGAUGAAAAAAUAUCAGGAAAGCCACAAGAGCUUGGAGAAUGAUAUUACAUAUUGCAGACUAAAAAUGACAGUAAACUCAAUCAAUAAGAUCAAAUAAGAAAAUAUGUUAGCCUCUAAGAAUUAUGUUUCUCCAAGUCCUGUUUUACUGCUUGUUCUGAAUCCUCUCCUGAGAACAUCUGAGAAGUAUCUGAGAUCCCUCAGGUAAACAUAAGAUAUUUUCAUUUAUUAAUUAGUGGUCACGGAGUUGAAUUUGAGUAUGUGAGCAUACCCAAAGGUUGAUGGAAAAGCAAGAAUAGUCAUUUGCAUAUUAAAACCGAGAUGAACCUCAUCAUAGAAACAACUAGAAGAAGGUAGAAAUUUGUCAGGUUAUUUAGGUUUGUCAUGCUCUUUAGGUACACCCAUCUUGUUGGUCUCAGGGGUAGACUACUACUCCUACUAGUCUAGCACAGUACAAUGCUGACUUUCCCACUUGUAUGUUAUUAUCUAGAAUGACUUGCUAUAAAGAGUGUAUAUAGAGGUAGCCAAUCAUGAUCUGUGAGACCACUUGCCCCACCUGCCCUACACUGCUCUGUACUGUAUGUUUAUCCAUACACCAUAUGGGUCACUUAUUUACAGCACUGCAGUGUGCAAUUGCGAUGUUUUUACCCAUACUGCAGAUUCUUUCCCAUCAUUCCAUCCAUUGCUGUUGUCAGGGGGAGUGCCUGACACAAUUGUGGUCAAAAUUGACAAUUGUGGUUGGUGUAACUUCUGUUGUGGCCAAAUCUUUAAGUAUAUUUCUGUUUUGUCUAUUGACACCGCCCACACUGGGAACCCUGAAGCUACUACCACCUUUGGUUGUGGUGGUAUCUCCAGGGCUCUCGUAUGUCAAUAAAUGCACUUGCACUUAAUUCUGAACUGGAGGCAGCGACACCAAGCUCAACUUCACAGAAGUGCAAGGAUUACUUUUGAUGUAAGACCUUUAAUGAAUGGGACAUCUGCACUUGCCAUUGUAAAUGACCCCUCAUUUUACCAUCAAUUCGGGCAUCCAGGGCAGAAGUAGUAGAAAGGAUAGUGAGGCGAGGGCCAUUGGGUGUGUUGGUGGUUCUAUGAUACAGACCAUUUUAUACCAACUUAUCUUGGCCAUGGUUGCCCUGCUUAGAAGUAAGCUGAUGUCAAUACAUCUAGGAAGAUUUUUCAUUCAUCCAUCAUUCAACUGAACUUGCUGAGUAUUCAUUGAAGACGUUUCAGUAGUCAUCCAAGCAGCUUCUUUAGUUCAACUGAUUGGUACAAGAAGUCUUCGGCAUAAUUUGAUAAUCCAAUCAUAUUUGAGCAGCAACUAUCCAGAGAGGUGACAAUGGAAACUCAGCAAGUCCAAUUGCAUUAGAUUUACUUCUACUUGAUAAAGCUGAUGUCAAUUUGCACCUGUAUAUUACCACAGCAGUUACACCCUUGGAGAUUUAGGGGCUGAUUCACUAUGGGUCGAAUAUCGAGGGUUAAUUAACCCUCGAUAUUCGACUAGGAAUUG